AUGCCUCCUCCACUCCCGCAGAUUGUUGUCGCUCAUGGAGGUGCAGGUUUCUUCUCAAAGUCCUCUGAUCAAGAUGUCAAACGUUCCCUGCGGGCGUCCUGUACCUGUGCUAUGUCUCAGCUUCUGACGGGUAACACGGCGCUAAAGGCUGUGAACGAUGCGAUCGUCGUUCUUGAGGACGAGGAAUGCCUGAAUGCUGGUUUUGGUUCUAAUUUGACUGUAAAUGGUCAGGUAGAAUGUGAUGCUUCUCUCAUGGACGGUCGUACCUCCAACUUCGGGGCUGUCGGCGCGGUGUCAGGCGUCAAGAACCCCAUCAGGAUAGCGCACGAGGUGCUACGACACGGUGCACAAAGCGACCCUUUGGGUCGAAUCUCUCCGAUCAUGCUCGUCUCUUCGGGAGCAAGGGACUUUGCGGAGUCAUUCAAUUUGCUUUGUCCACCUGAAACCUUGGUCUCCCCUCGUGCUGAACAGUCGUGGAAAAAGUGGAAGGAGGAACUCGAGAAGGCGAGGGCACAGGCGCCCCCAGCUAUCGGUGCAGUGGCUGCAAAUUCGCUUAUAACGCAAGUAGAUGGACUGCACGACAGAAUGGACACAGUAGGCGCCAUAGCUUGCGACCAGAGCGGAGGGUUGGCUGCUGGGGUUUCCAGUGGUGGUAUCCUGCUGAAACUGCCGGGGCGCGUAGGAGAGGCAGCGAUGUAUGGAGCUGGGUGCUGGGCAUCCGAACAAGUUGCUUGCAGUGUCUCCGGGGCUGGAGAGUACAUUAUGCGAGCUACUCUCGCAAGAACCCUCUGCGAAGCUAUCGAGGAAGGGAGUCAAAAUGAGGAGUUCGACCCCCAUGAUGCCCUGACCAAGGUGUUCAAUGAUUUCGUUGCCAUGUGUUCGAAAAGAGAUGAGAGACACUCCCAUGCAGGUGCCAUUAUCCUCGUCAAGGAAGAAGACGAGGUCGGCGGAUAUAAAAGUGGGUCUCACAAAACCAUCCACCCUGCAUUCAGGAAGGGGUAUCUCCGUCUCUGGUGUGCGUUUACAACUGACAGCAUGGCAAUCUCGUAUGCCUCGUCCCUGAGCUCCAGCUCCAAACCACACGCUGUCGUCUUACGUCGCCCUCCCCGUCCUCCGGGAAAUGCAGUGACGACCACCCCUGUGUACAUAUCAGCCCUUCCACUGUGA